UAUGUUUACCUGCAUGAAGGUCGCGAUAGAUGGGAAAGCCAAACCUACGAGUCGAACACAUUUCGUCACAGCCCAGUGUGAAAGAUAUUGGUCCCAGGAACCAUGUCUCUGUCCAAGAUCCUAACGGAUGAUUACCUAACAUGCAGCAUUUGCCUUGAAAAGUUCAAAGAUCCCAAGGUCCUCGGCUGUGCACAUACCUUUUGCCAACAUUGCCUCCAAGACCAUUUGGACAGAAAUUUCCAAGGUCAGAGUGGCUUCCCUUGUCCUAUCUGUAGACGUCAGUGUGACCUCCCUGUGGGCGGUGUAAGAGAUUUACAAACAAAUCAUCUUCUGGUCAGCAUAUUACACACGAUUGAUCAAGUAGAACAAGCCAAGGCUGCCAAGAAGUGUGAGGUAUGUUGUCUGAAAAAUGUACGCAAUCCACCACCCGCCACAAAACGCUGUUUGGAUUGCAAUGAAAGUAUGUGUGGAGAAUGUUCUUCAGACCAUGUUCUUCAUAAGUUAAACCGUGACCACAAAUUGUUUCCCGUCGACCAGUUUGACAGCGACGAAUACGUGACAGAGCUGCGUGCCCGACAAAACAUCCUUUGUGACCAUAACAACAAGGAUCCCGUAGAAAUCUUCUGCCCGAGUUGUAAAAAGUUCAUCUGCGUCGGUUGUAUGGUUCUAGAACACAAGGAUCAUGACUGCCUAAGAAUCAACAUUGCUGCUGACAAACGCAAGGAAAAACUAGAACUCGACAUAAAACCUAUCGAGAAGAAAAUUCUACUCUACGAUCAGUUUAAAAUCGCUGCUGAAGACCAGAAAGCGUCAGUAGAACAGGGAAGAAAGGAGGCAAAGAAUCAAGUUAACAACCAGGUAGAGCUAGUUAUUAAGGUGGCCCGUCAACGCGCUGCUGAUCUUCUGGAAGAAAUAGAUGCCAAGUCAGACGCCAAACUAGAAGUUUUAGAUGGUUUAAUCGCAACUGCUACCGCCGAUCAAAACCAACUGGACGACGUUGUAGACUUCUCCAGAAAGCUCAUAAACCAUGGGAACGACAUAGAUGUCCUGCAAAUGGCCCCCGCCUGUGAGCAAAGCAGCGAGAGCGUUCAUACUCUCGACAUCCCGACCCUGCCUGCAGCCAUGACCCAGCUACAGCUUAUCACCAAAGACAUGGAGGAGUGUGUUACCAAUAUCAACCGUUGCCUUGGAGACGUGGUUCCUGUCGUGAGUGGAAGACUGGUGACAUCAUUUAAAGUAGAAUUGGCUAAGUCUCCUGAGGAGGUGCUCAGUCACGUGACUACUGAUUCUGAUGGUGAUAUCCUUAUUGGUAUUUGGUGUCAGAAUGACAUGUCACGGAAUAGAAUCCACAUCUACGAUACCAACUUUGUCCUACAGGGCACAAUUCCAAAUCCAAGAGCAGCAGAAAAGUAUGCCUUUGCCGGGAUUGCCAUUGAUGAUGACGGUAACAUCGUCACUAGAUGUCUUGGAUCAAAUGAAAUCAUUAUCUACACCAAGACAGGAAACCACGUGAAAACAUUCCACAGUGAGUUACCAGAAGCUAUAGCGGUCAACAGCAAGGGUCACUAUGUUAUAGCUGGUAACAGUACUCUGACUGUGCACCACAAGGAUGGCAAGGUCUUGAAGAAGACACCAGACCCAGAGAGUAAAUGUGUCAAAUACAUCCAAUGUAACGUGAAUGAUCAGGUUAUCGUCACAGAUCAAGGAAAUGAUCACAUCCGUGUAUACGAUUCCACUCUCCAGCUUAAAUACAGAUACGGUACCCAGGGUGAUGGGGACGGACAGGUGAAGGGUCCAGGUGGCACGUGCUGCUUGGAUAAUGAAGACAUUAUUUUAAUAGACCUCAACAACCAUCGUCUACACUUAGUUUCUCAAGAUGGAAAGUUCAAGCAAUUUCUUUUAAGCCAAGAAAAUGGACUUAACUGGCCGAGAGAUGUUGCUAUAAAUCGUCUCGGACAAUUGGUCGUUGGGGAAAAGACAGGCGAGAUUAAAGUCUAUCAAUUAUGACUUAUUAUACCAAGCUACCAAUGGACUAUGAAAACAUUACGUUUUUAAAAAUAGGCAUUUUAACAUGUAGUUAGUUAGCAGGGUCGAGUAGCUCAUGUUUCAAAUGGUUCAUGAACGUUUUGUUUCAGUAACGAUAUUUCGGCAUAUUCGUUGCACAUACACGCAAGGGGGAGAUUGUUAGCUGUGACUAAACAGUCACACGGCAGAAUAUGAAGUAUUUGUGUGCAACGUAUAUUGUUAUAAUUCAAACAAUUACUGUAGGUUGAUUAUAAUGGGACGUCCUGAUUGAAAAUGAAAGUGUUGUUGUAAAGUUUUAGAAUUCGAGGACGAAU